CCCUCCAACCCCGCCCCGUCCCGAGCCGAGCGGAGCCCGCAGCGCGCAGCAUGGAGGCACCCCCGGUUACAAUGAUGCCCGUCACGGGCGGCACCAUCAACAUGAUGGAGUAUCUGCUGCAAGGGAGUGUCCUGGACCAGAGCUUGGAAAGCCUUCUGCACCGCCUGCGCGGCCUGUGUGACAACAUGGAGCCCGAGACCUUCCUGGACCAUGAGAUGGUGUUCUUGCUGAAAGGGCAGCAGGCAAGCCCCUUUGUGCUGCGCGCUCGGCGCUCCAUGGACAAGAGUGGGAUGCCCUGGCACCUGCGCUACUUGGGGCAGCCGGAGAUCGGGGACAAGAGCCGCCACGCGCUGGUGCGCAAUUGCGUGGACAUCGCCACUUCAGACAACCUGACGGACUUCCUGGUGGAGAUGGGCUUCCGCAUGGACCACGAGUUUGUGGCCAAAGGGCAUGUGUUCCGCAAAGGCAUCAUGAAGAUAAUGGUGUACAAGAUCUUCCGCAUCCUGAUGCCAGGGAACACGGAGAGCAUCGAGCCGCUCUCCCUCUCCUACCUGGUGGAACUCAACGUGGUAGCGCCGGCAGGGCAGGACGUUGUUUCUGAUGACAUGAGGAACUUCGCUGAGCAGCUGAAGCCUCUUGUGCACCUGGAAAAAAUUGACCCCAAAAGGCUGAUGUGAUUGAGAAGCUGGGAGUCAAGGUGUUGGUUGUAUGAGAGUUCCUGAAGAGGGUGUUUUUCUGAAAAGCUUUUUGAGGGAAAACAGGGAGAGGGGAACAAAGGACUAUGCAUCAGUUUUGUCCGUUGCGGUUACUGAGUAGUUUUUUCCCACACUUGUGGAGGUGAACAAAAACAGACACUUUAAUGCCAUUCAAAACAUCAGUAAGUGCUAAUAUUGGCAGUUUUCCUCUCUCUGUUGGGGAGAUACCUGUUUGAAAGCAUAUUGCCUAACAAUCCAAAAACAUCAGACUUACUGGAAUUCAUCCUUCUCUGUAUCCAUGCUGAGGCGCAGCUUGAUUUAUUUUUUUAAUUAAAGCACCAUUUCUGUAUCCUUCCCUGUCAUCCAGGAUUUUUCUUUUAGGUCAUACAUGAAUUUAAUAUCCUUUAAUGCAGGAGGUGUUCAAGCGGACCUACAGGAAAGCUGGGGAGGGGCUCUUUAUCUGGGAUUGCAAGGAUAGGGCAAGGGUAAUGGGCUUAAGCUUAAAGAAGGGAGAUUUAGAUUAGAUAUCAGAAAGAAAUUUAUUACUAUGAGGGUUGUGAGGCACUGGCACAGGUUGCCCAGAGAAGUUGUGGAUACCCCACCCCUGGACGUGUUCAAGGACAGGCUGGGUGCAGCUUUGAGCAGUCUGGUAUAGUGAAAGGUGUUCCUGCUUAUGGGACAGUGUUGGAACUGGGUCAUCUUUAAGGUCCCUUUCUGACCCAGAAAUGAUUCUGUCCCUCUAACCUGUAAGGAAACUAAGUCUGGAGCACAGGUGUUACACGAGGAGCUGCUGAGGGAACUGGGGUUGUGUAGUCUACAGAAGAGGCUGAGGGGAAACUUCAUCGCUCUCUACAAUUACCAGAAAGGAGGUUGUGGUGAGGUGGGUGUUGGUCUCUUCUCCUAAGUGAUCGAACAAGAGGAAAUGCCCUCUACUUGUCAUGGGACAACAAGAUGGGCACCAGCGGGGUAAAGUGCCUCCUGCUGUAGGGGAGGAUCAGGUUUAUGACCACCUGAGGAACCUGAACUUACAGAAAUCUAUGGGACCUGAUAAGACGCAUCCGAGCGUCCAGUGGCUUUCUAUGUCAGGGUAACCAAAGCAGCGGACAUGGGAAAACCACUGGAUGUGAUCUAUCUAUACUUCUGUAAAGGCUUUGAUGUGAUCCCCUACAACAUUGUUCUCUCUAAAUUGGAGAGAUAUGGAUUUGACAAGUGGACUGUUCAUUGGAUAAGCAGCUGGUUGGAUGGUUGUAUUCAGAGAGUAGUGGUCAAUGGCUCAAAGUCCAGAUGGAGAUACAUGACAAGUGGUGUCCCUCAGGGGUCUGUACUGGGACAAGUGCUGUUUAAUAUCUUUAUCAAUGAUAUUGACAGCGAGAUUGAGUGCAUCCUCAGCAAGUUUGCUGGUAACACCAAGUUGAGUGGUGCAGUUGCCACACGGGAAGGACAGGAUGUCAUCCAUGGGGACCUGGACAAGCUGGAGAAGUGGGGCUGUGAGAACCUCAUGAGGUUCAACAAGGCCGAGUGCAAGGUCUCACACCUGGAUCAGGGCAAUCCCAAGAGCACAAAUACAGGCUGAGGGGGACAAUGGAUUGAAAGUAGCCCUGAAAAAAAGGACUUGGGAGUUUCUGGUGGAUGAGAAGCUCAACAUGAGCUGGCAAUGUGUGCUUGCAGCCAAGGCAGCCAACCGUAUCUCUGGCUGCAUCAAAAGAAGUGUCACCAGCAGGGUGAGGGAGGUGAUUCUGCCCCUCUACUCUGCUCUGGUGAGACCUCACCUGGAGUACUGCAUCCAGCAUUGGAGUCCUCAGCACAGAAAGAACAUGGAGGAGUCCACAGGAGGGCCACAAAGAUGAUAAGGGGACUGGAGCACCUCCCAUAUGAAGAUAGGCUGAGAGAGUUGGGGUUGUCCAGACUGGAGGAGGCUCUGGGAACACCUGAUGGCAUCCUGACAGUACUUAAAGGGGGCCAAAAGCAAAGCUGGGGAGGGGCUCUUUACCAGGGAGUGCAGUGAUAGGACGAGGGGUAACAGUAUUAAUCUGAAAGAGGGGAGACUUAGAUUAGAUAUUAGGAAGAAAUUUUUUACUGGGAGGGUGGUGAGGUACUGGCACAGGUUGCCCAGAGAAGUUGUGGAUGCCAUCUACAACCUCCAAUUCUGGAGGUAUUCCAGAUCAGGCUGGAUGGGGCUUGGCUUGGAGCUAUCUGAUCCAAUGGAAGGAAUCCCUGCCCAUGGCAGGGGGGUUGGAACUGGACGAUCUUUAAGGUCCCUUCCAAACCAAAUCAUCCUAUGAUUAUUGGCCUUCCUUGUUUCAGCUGCAGUUUGUACAUAGAAGAGGCAGAUGCAGAGAAAAAAAACUGUGUCAAUGGUUAGGGCUGACUUGCACUUUCAGGCACAUAACACUCAAGAAGCACACCCCUUUCUUCCAUCUAACAACAUACACUUUUCUCCUCCUAUGAAACUGAGCUUUUAUAGCUGGAGACUAAAGAUAAUACCACUACUACCGAAGUAACACACACUGGUAAACUGAAUGGCAUAACUCUUAACUGAUUAUCAUUCAUUAUCUAAGGUCAAGUUAUACUGUAAUUACGCAGAAAUGCCCAAUGUAAUUACUACAGAAAUGCCCAACCUCUCCUUAAUGCAAGGUACAUUUUUCAAAUUUCACACACAGCUUAUGAGAUCAAGAAUGUGACUGCAUUUUUGUUCGAUUUGGCAGAUUUCUUUUUGCCAGCAAAACCAGCUGCAUUCUUCAAGGGUAGGGCUUACCUCAGGACCCUGGUUGUUGCAAUGUAUUACCUAAGGCCUGAGGCAGCUGAGCUUUGGCUAAGUUUUCUUUUUGUGCAAGUAAUGCCUUCUGUUAUCUCAAGCUGUUCCUCCAGUUACACAUACAUGUAAGGUUUCUACAACUCCACCGUAUAAAAGGUAGAAAUCCCUGCAUAGCAAAUAAAGGUUGGAUUGUUAUUGAUCCAUUAGGCAUCAGCUAUUUCUGCUGUUAUGAAAGCUUAUUCCUUAGAAGCUCAUCUCUGUUCUUAAAAGCUGUCACACUUCAGAAAAAUUCACAAGGUUAUCCUCUGAGCCUUCUCAGUUCUGGAUCUCUGCUCCUCCCAUGGAAACUUCCAUAACGUUGUUAAUUCUGUACAAAUGAAGACAAGAGCUGAAAUACCUUGGAAGUGCUCUAUACUAACAUGCCUCCGAUAAGCUAGCACAAAAUAGGCUGAUAUAUAAACUAAUGUGGCAUUCAAGCCUUCAUCUCAGUAAUCUCAGUGAUACAAGAAAACUGUUUUCCUGUCAACUUUUUCCACGUAAUAUUGCAUACCGCUUUAUACAAUACCUAAAAAGUGGGUUAAAAGGUGAAAUGUUUUCACAAAGUUUCUCCAAAGCACUGAAAGUUAAAAAUAACUACAAACCAGGGUUUUUUCUUCAUAAUUUUUAAUGCUUUUAACUUUUAAAUACUGGUUUUAAAUUUGUGAUUGUAACAUGGAAGAGCCAACUUCUUUUAAUUUUUAAAACUUACCAUUAGGAUCAUAAAGCUAUUAUAGAACAGUUACACUCUACACACUCAAGUACUCAAAAAUAUGAUUCAUGUUUUAAGUCUGCAGUGGCAAUUCAAAUACAGCGUUAUCUGUACAACUUGACAAAAAUACAGGAGGACAAUUUGAUUAGUUUAAAGAAUCUGCACAACUUCAGAUAAGCCAGCUCAGCCCAAUUAAGUAAAAGGUAAUUUUGUUCCCCCAAAGUGCAUCACAUUUUUCACAGACAAAUUAGGCAAAAAAAGUAUAUUCAGGUUGAGGUUCUCAGACAGAGUAACAAUGACUAUCUUAUCCCCAUUAUCAAUACAAAGUAAGUGAUUUCUUUCAGAUCCAGUUUGGCAACAUUCAAAUUCUCCAAACAGAAAUAGAUAUCCAGAAAACGGUAUCUAAUGGAGAAGACUGCUGCAUUUUCAGCCCUUCAAGUUGUUUCAGCUUAUAAAAACAUCCCUUCUAGAGUCAGGACCUGCUUCUGCAAAGGCCACCACAGCAGUAUAAAUGCCACCAAUCCAUUAACAGGAAGAAGUGAACUUGUAGCACACAGACAUGUGGCAGUGACUGAAGAGAGGGACGGGCUCAAGAGACAGAGCAGAUUUUAUAAAACUAUAAAAGCAAGAUCCCUUCCAGGAGAAAGGAUCUAAUGCCUACGUGCACACAGACAAUCUGAGAGGCCUAUAGAGAACUGCCUUUUGAAAGUUAAUUUUAAAGAGGUCAAUUAAUACCAAUUUCUCAGUCUUGCAAUUCCUUCCUUAUUCUUCAGCAGCCUCUUACAACUCUGAUUAGGCAGGACUAGCUGUAGUGAAGUACCACUGCCUUUAACUAAAAGUAAAACAUAUUCUUUACAAAUAGUAUCUGUAGUGUAAUUUUAUUUACAGAAUAAAUUGCAAAAGUACAUCACAUUUAGUGCAAAUGCAACUAAUGAUAUAAGUUUUUAUACUGCUUUGUAAACUUCCAUUCCUUUGUAAAAUAAAGCUAACCAAUUGAAUGAAUAAACUCUCUUGUGUUCCAGCAAUUACCAGAAACGACAAGCAAGGAUUUAAAUUCUUCAUGUUUUGGAUUUUGUUUUAAAAGUUCCCAUCAGUGGCUAUGGUGGAAUGAACCAUUUCUUGGUUGAUUGUAAAAAGAUGAAGUACAUUUGAGGUAUAAGAUUUCUUUUUUUAACAUCGAUAUAUAAAAUGCUCACUGGUGAUAUAGUAAACAUGUAUAAGUUUUCAUCUUAUUUGCCUUACUAGCGUUACCAUAUAGGCACUUUUCUACAUAUUCAAAUUGACAGAAUAACUCUGUAAUAAGGCAUAUUCCAUGCACACCAUUAAAGGAAGGCAAAUAAAAAGGGAAGAGUUCUGGA